AGCAGUCAUGAUCCUGAGUUCCCUUUACCCAGGGAAAAGUCAGUGCUCAGCAGCUCGUCCAAUGCACUUCACUACUUCAUUUUGGCUGGACCAGACAGGAUUUGUUAGUGGCUUGCAGAUCAUCAGUCCUGGAGCCUUUGGAUUCCAUCUCACUGUGCUUGACUGAGCCAUGGAGUCUUUCACUGCUGACACCAAUUCAACUGACCUACACUCACGGCCUAUGUUUCAACCCCAAGACAUUGCCUCCAUGGUCAUUCUUGGUCUCACUUGUUUAUUGGGACUGCUAGGCAAUGGGCUGGUGCUAUGGGUAGCUGGCAUAAAGAUGAAGACGACCGUGAACACAGUCUGGUUCCUCCAUCUCACCCUGGCCGAUUUCCUCUGCUGCCUCUCCUUGCCCUUCUCCUUGGCUCACCUGAUUCUCCGAGGACACUGGCCCUAUGGCUUGUUCCUGUGCAAACUUAUUCCAUCCAUCAUUAUUCUCAACAUGUUUGCCAGUGUCUUCCUGCUUACUGCCAUUAGCCUGGACCGAUGUCUGAUAGUACAUAAGCCAAUCUGGUGCCAGAAUCAUCGAANCGUGAGAACAGCCUUCGCCAUCUGUGGAUGUGUCUGGGUGGUAGCCUUUGUGAUGUGUGUACCCGUAUUUGUAUACCGUGAUCUGUUCAUUAUGGACAAUCGCAGUAUAUGUAGAUAUAAUUUUGAUUCCUCCGGGUCAUAUGAUUAUUGGGACUACAUGUACAAACUAAGUCUACCAGAAAGCAAUUCUACUGAUAACUCCACUGCUCAGCUAACUGGACAUAUGAAUGACAGGUCAGCUCCUUCCUCUGUACAGGCAAGGGAUCACCUUUGGACAGUUACCACUGCCCUCCAGUCACAACCAUUCCUAACAGCUCCUGAAGACUCAUUCUCUCUAGAUUCAGCAAACCAACAACCCCAUUAUGGUGGAAAGCCUCCUAAUGUGCUCACAGCCGCCGUACCCAGCGGGUUUCCUGUUGAAGAUCAUAAAUCCAAUACACUGAACGCUGACGCUUUUCUCUCUGCUCACACAGAACUUUUCCCUACUGCUUCUAGUGGUCAUUUAUACCCCUAUGAUUUCCAGGGGGAUUAUGUUGACCAAUUCACGUAUAACAAUCAUGUGCCGACACCGCUGAUGACAAUAACCAUCACAAGGCUGGUGGUGGGCUUCCUGGUGCCGUUUUUCAUCAUGGUAAUUUGUUACAGCCUCAUCGUCUUCAGAAUGCGAAAAACCAACUUCACCAAGUCUCGGAACAAAACCUUUCGGGUGGCCAUAGCUGUGAUCACUGUCUUUUUUAUCUGCUGGACUCCAUACCAUCUUGUCGGAGUCUUGCUAUUAAUUACUGAUCCAGAAAGUUCCUUGGGGGAAGCUGUGAUGUCCUGGGACCACAUGUCCAUUGCUUUAGCAUCUGCCAAUAGUUGCUUCAACCCUUUCCUGUAUGCCCUCUUGGGGAAAGACUUUAGGAAGAAAGCAAGACAGUCCAUAAAGGGCAUUCUGGAAGCAGCCUUCAGCGAAGAGCUCACGCACUCUACCAGCUGUACUCAAGACAAAGCCUCUUCAAAAAGAAACAAUAUGAGUACAGAUGUGUGAAGAUGUGGCCCUGAGGACCUAAGCAGAAGUUCUCAGGUGAACACUGGUGAUGCAUGACAUGUGAGCAGGACACUUUAGACAAUCUGGCGACUCUCAGAGAAAGGUCUCUUAUUGACAUCAGCAUCAUUUGAAAACAUUAAAGAUGCAAAAUUUCAAGCCCCA